AUGUCUGCUAUUGAGGCUCAAGGUCAAUAUAAGACUAUAGAACGGGAAAGUAAGGAAAGUUAUGAGAUAAAAUUGGCUAAAGAAAUAAAGUACAAUUCUAAGCAGUUCUAUGCAUAUUUACGCAAUAAGAAAAAGUCCAAUCCCACUGUAUCUAAGUUGAAAAAGCCUAAUGGAGAAUUUACAACUAGUGUAAAGGAGUCUGCUGAUUUGCUUGUCAAAUCGUUUGCAACUGUUUUUACAAACGAGACUUCACUCACUCGCGAUUGUAACAUGGAUAUUAUCGCUGUUAAACAAAUUGAUCCACUAAUAAUUAGUGACUAUGAUGUGAAAAAUGAGCUGCUGGCUCUAGAUGUCUCAAAGUGUGCUGGGCCAGAUGGAGUUCAUCCAAAAAUUGUUAGAAUUUUAGCGGGAAAUGAUAAUUUUGUGAGUGCUGUAACAGCUUUAUAUAGAUCUAUUUCAGACGUCAGACAAUUCCCAGAAGCUUGGAAGAGAGCAAUUAUAAUUGCAUUACAUAAAAUGGGGGCAAUUAGUGAUGCUGGAAAUUAUCGACCAAUUUCUCUAACUUGCAUCCUAUGUAAAGUGUAUGAAAAGCUUUUGUUUAAACAUCUGUACAGUCAUGUUAAGGGAUUUAUUAGUCGGAAUCAGCAUGGGUUUAUGGAAGGGAAGUCUUCUCUCUCUAACUUGUUGGAAUCACUACAAUAUAUUAUCACGUUUUUGGAUAGUGAAGAUCCUGUUGAUCUUAUAUAUUUGGAUUUUCAAAAAGCUUUUGAUAAGGUUGCACACGAAAGAUUGUUGUUAAAGUUAGAAAGUUACGGAAUUACUGGGCAGGUUCAUGAUAUUAUAAGGAACUUCCUGACAGGUAGAUCAAUGGCAGUACGUGUGGGAUAUCAUAUUUCAUCAUGGGAGCCUGUUACUUCUGGAGUCCCCCAAGGGUCUGUUUUGGGACCCUUGUUAUUUAUAUUAUUUAUUAAUGAUAUGCCACAAGUUACUAAAUUUAAUACUGUACUUUUCGCUGAUGAUUCCAAAGUUAUUGGUAAUGCAUAUUAUCCGGAAGAUAUUCAAACAGACAUUGACUGUCUCAGUAGGUGGUCAGAUGAAAUUUAAUGUGGAAAAGUGUGGUGUACUUCACAUCGGAGAGAGCAAUCCGCAACAUGGCUAUACAUUGGAUGGUAUUCAACUAAAAAGUGUACAGAAAGAAAAGGAUUUGGGGGUAACCUGGUCUGCCGGGAAGUCCUUAUUUGAUGAUCAUAUUCGAGAAGGAAUCGGAAAGGCCAAGAGGAUGAUUGCCUGGUUAAUAAGAAAUGUUGUAUCUCGUAAACAUGAAGUGUUGGUUCCUCUUUACAAGGCCUUUGUGAGGCCCCAUCUGGAGUAUUGUGUGCAAGUUUGGUCCCCGGUAGCAAAGCAUGGUAAUUGGGGUAUAAUUAUGGCAAUUGAAAAAUGUCAAAGGGAUUUUACUAGAAUAAUUCAUGGUAUGGGUUUUCUCAGCUAUAGUGAGAGACUUCAAAAGCUGGGACUGACAACACUUCUCGAACGUAGAAUGCGGGGUGAUCUUAUUGAAGCAUACAAGAUUAUUAACGGACAUGUUAACUAUGGCCAUCAAAUGUUUAACCAUAAUUUGCAUUAUAGUACUCGUAAUUUAUGCAAUGUAUCAUCCUGUAGGACCAGAUUUGCGUUAGAUUGUUUUAGCGUAAGAGUAAUUAAGUAUUGGAACAAUUUACCAAACUCUGUUAAGUAUGCACCUAGUGUAAACGCCUUUAAGGCAGGACUUGAUGAUCUAAAAAGUUAUAACCCGGAUUCUCGUCACGGAUAUUUGUAUUUAUCGCAAGAAAUCUUUAACAGAAUUCCGGAUAAGAAUGACCAUGUUACUUAUCUUAAAUUGCAUCCAGAGGUUGCUAUGCGAAGACAUAUUUCUUGUUUCUAA